GAAUUUCGAUUUGGCCUUCAAAAAAGUGGUUUUUGUCACAUGAGAAAAAAAAAUUUACCAAAACUAACGAAAUAACGAAUUGGUCGUUUAAUGCGGAUAUUUUUUUUCUGUAUAUAUAAUAAAAUUUGAAAGGGGGGAAAAAAUUGCACAUCUUUACGCGAAGUGACAGAAUCGAUGCACAAUUAAUUUUUGUCGUGUUACGUGAUCAAUUCCAUGCAGCAAUAAACAGCAAAAAAAGGUCACAUUUCCAGAUACCAGUGCAUCGCAUCGCAGAGAUGAUUUUGACGGGCUCGUGUAUUUUGGUGCACUAGCAAACGAAAAGAAAGAAAGAAAGAAAGAAAGAAAAAAAAAUACUAAAUGUAAAGACAAUUUUUUUUCUUGAUUAACUAUUAUUAAUAAAAUAUAAGAUAAAAACAAAACAAAAAUUAUAAUAUGGCUCAACAUUAUAAUAUUUCUCUCGAAGAAGUACAAAGAAUAUAUUCGGUUGAUGGACAGAGUCUUCGAUUUGUCGUUGGAGAUCUUAAUAACGGUGGGAAUGGUUCUUCGCAAAUAAUUUAUACCGUUCCGCAAAAUAAUCCACCGGCCAUAUAUCCCCAAACAAUUAAUUUAGCCACACAAUUGGAUCAACGACAAAGCGUUUAUAUUAUUAAGACGAGUGAUUCUCCAGGUACUCAGAAUAUUAUAAAGGCUAAUACUGUCGCAACACAUUUGGUCACCGAGAACGUGAAUUUUGUCGAAGCAAAAGAUUCAAAGGCAACGGUAAAUAAUGUCCAAGAGGCCCAACAGGCUCAAUGGAUAAAUGUUCAGGACAAAAUCAGUUACGAAUCAGUUUUGAAGCAAUCAACUUCAUUGAAAACACAACCAAAACUUCAACAGCAAAACAAUCUGCAAACGGUUGUACUGCAAACGCAGGGUCAUUGUUCGCAGCCGGAACUGCAAGUUUAUGGCUCCAUGGAGAAGAAAAAUCAACGAUUUAUCUCAGCUAAAGGAAAAAGUCCAUUAUCAUCAUCAUCAUCAUCGUCGUCAUCAUUGGGACAGACUCCUCGCAAUCAAUCCGAAAAUGUGACGCGUUUCAUCUCACCACCAACGGCAACAGUUCGUGGACGUCUAUCAAAUGAACCAAUAACAACAACUCAACAAAUAGUACGUACAAUAAGACCCCAACAACAAAAUACAAUAAUGAAUUCAAAUCAACAACGUAAUUCACCCCACAUUCUACAGCGGAAUCUCAAUCGUAAUUUAAAUUCAGGCGAUAUCGCUCAUUUGAGCGAGAGAAUAAAGCGUGAAAAAUUAAAUCAAUUGAAACAGGAUCAGGUGCACAAUGAAAAGCAGGCGAUUUAUCGUAAUGUGGGACAGAAGACGCCGAUAAUAACGCAACGACCUAUUGGAACGGCGAGACCUUUGCAGUAUCGGCAGCAGCAGCAGCAGCAGAAUUCGAUGCGAGUGCAGACGCCGACGAGACCGAUGCAGCAGCAGAGAAUGAUGACGCCGGUGAUGAGUCCGGUGAAGGGGGAGCAGAGGCGAAUUGUUGUUAAUUCACCGCCUAGGCAGAGAACGCCGAUUCGUGGGAAUUUGCAGCAGCAACAGCAACAACAACAAAAUGAGCAGAUAAUUCAACAAGAAAUCGGGGAGAGGAGAAUGACGCAGCAAAGUUGUACACCGAAAUCGGAUUCGAGUGAGCAAAAUUCGAGUGAGAGUUACGCUUAUUUGCAGAGAGUUAUCGCCGAUCCUCACACUGCCAUCGUGCAGCAUCAGAUCACGGGCAACGUCGCCAAGAUGCUGGUCGUCUUGCUCGAUGGUGAACAGAGGCUCAUUACGUUCGAUAUUCCAAUUGAGGAAUGCACGGUUCAGGAUCUAUUAGAGCAGGUACGGGUUAAUGUUCCAUUUGGUUCGGAGAAUACAGUUUCUCUCGUGAACGAUCCAACUUUGGGGAUAAAUUACAUUGUCGAAGUGCAACCGCCUUCAGAAUCAUCAAGCGAUCAGAAUGAUUCUCAAAAACGUACACAAGAACUUCCGAAAAAUUGUAUUCGUAAUCCUUCACCCACCAUGAGUCUCCAGUUCGAUGAAAAUAGUAAUUCUUCAACAUCACAAAUUGAGGAGCCAAAGUAUGUGGAGGGAAAGGUCGCAGUCUGUCCUUAUUGCGGAGUACUGUCCUCAACGUUCAACCAAUGUGAGAGAUGUAAACGAAAAAUGCCCGAUAACGUCAAGUCGGUGUCCGAUACACGCGGAAACAAGGAUGCCAAGGAUAGCCUUCCAUACGACAAUUUUUAUAAGAAAGUCGAUAUGACUCCAAGUAAGGGGGAGAAAUUGGAGAGAGAAGCAACGCCAGCCAGGGGACGUGGAAGAGGAAGAGGUGGAGCACGGGGUCGGAAACCAAUAAAAGAACCAGAGUGUCUAAUAAUUUCUUCGGACGAGGAGCACGAGAACGAGAAGACUGUAAAGAAAGAAGGAGCGAGUAGAAUAUUUUCCGGAAUUAACGAAGGUAUGAACAUGGAAGAAUCGGAAAUGAUUUUGGAAAAGGAACCAGUAAUAACGAAUCAAAGUGCCAACGCGUCAGAAGGCAUUAAAGGUACAGAACGCGAUUCCGAUGAUCAAAUAACGGAAUGUCCGACAAACACAAUUCACACUUUACUUCACUGUCGAACUGUGAGGAUAGGUUCCUAUAAAUAUGUUCCGGUUGAGAAUGUCAUAAUAUCGGAACGUGGUUUGCGCCUUAAUGUUCCAUUUUUAGAAGAUCAUAAAAAAUUAGUGACCGUCGACGUGAAAUUUAAGCACAUUGUCCGCCUAUUAGUUCAUUUUGGAAAAGCGAUGCCAGUUCUAUUUUUCUAUACAACAACAGCAACUGGAGUCAUGAUACGGGACGUCCUAGGAAUGCAGGAUCCAAAAGGACCGUAUUUCGACCCUGCAAGUAAAGAUCAUACGCACAAAAGAAUAACACUUUUGCCCGAUAGAAUAAAUGAAGAAUCAAAGUCAAUAUUGAAGACAUUGUACGAGGGUAAAUUGGAGGAAUUAAGCCCGAAGGAGGCUAACGACAUUCUCGUUAGAGCUUCGCCAAAAGACUGUAUUCAACAAGUUCUUUCUAGACGUUCCAGUAACCAGACAAGUAGUUCUCACGCCAAUACCAAUGCCAACGGUGUCAUUCAGACAAUAACAACGUAUCCACCGCCGCCAGCAAAAGGUGGCAUCGCUAUAAACACCGAGGACUACAUUUGCCUCGGCGAAGAUCAAUUUCUCAACGAUGUGAUAAUUGAUUUUUACCUAAAGUAUUUAACAUCGGAAAUUCUCUCCGAGGAAGAUCGCAAUCGCACCCACGUGUUUAGUUCGUAUUUCUAUAAGCGUUUAACAAGUCCGCACGCGUCGGCGGCAAUGGACAGCAAUAUGCCGCAAACCGCAGCCGGCAAGCGUCAUGCGCGCGUGCAAAAGUGGACGAAAAAUGUGAAUAUAUUUGAAAAAGACUUUAUUGUUAUUCCAAUUAAUGAACAUGCUCAUUGGUUUCUUGCGAUAAUAUGCUUUCCCGGUUUAGUGGGGAAAAUAUUGACAAAAAGUGCAAGUGAGAAAGAGGCGGCGGAGCAGAAAAAUAAUGUACAUAGAAGUAAGCGAUUAAAGGAAGUGAAACUUCAAUCGAUGCAAAUUGGAAAUACGACAAUUACGCCGGUCACGACGACAAUUACUAUUGAUCAAGGUGAUGAUGGAUCUGAGCGGGAUGAGGCUGAGGGCGAUGAUGAGGAAAUGGAAAUGGAUAGCGAGGAUGAUGACGAAAUGGAAGAAGAUGCGAAUCUGAAGGAGCAACAAGCAUCUCAGGAAAAAACAGAAAAAUUACCUUGUAUUCUGAUUUUCGACUCGUUGGCCGGUGCGAGUCGAUGUCGUGUCGUCGCAACAUUACGCGACUAUCUUUUCUGCGAGCACAUCGCAAAAAUGGGCUCGGAAAAAGUAUUUUCCAAAGAUACUAUAAAAGGCGCCAGUCCAAAAGUCCCACAGCAAUCGAAUUUCAUCGACUGUGGAGUCUAUGUAUUACAAUACGUCGAAAGUUUUUUCAAGGAUCCAAUUAAGGAUUACACACUGCCAAUAAAAAUAUUGAGAAAUUGGUUCGAGGAAAUAGUGGUGACGAGGAAACGUGAGGAGAUCUCGAAAUUAUUAAUUGAAUUAAUGAAGAAAACGUCGAAGGGCGAUAAGUUGAUAAGUUUGCCGAGCGUCAGUUUUCCCACGCAAGACGGGAAAUUAAAGCCAAAAUUGGAGUCGGAAAAGUCGGAAAAAGGUGAGAAGACGAUAACGACAACGACGUCGACAACGUCAGCAGCAGCAACAACAACAGCAACAACGACGACGACGCCAACAUUGGGAAAAAGUGAUGAGGGAAAGAGAAAAAUUGAAAACGAAGGAAAAACCAGUGCCACCGCUAAUAUUGAAAAUGCCGAGAGUUCGAGUGAAAUAACAAAGAAAAUUUCUCUCAUUCCAUAUUCAUCGACCUCGUCUUCUAGUUGUAGUUCGACAGAGGGAAAUGUCUCCGAUAUACUCACCGAUAUUUCCCAAGUCAAAUCGUCGGCUGAAACAAUGAAUUACCUGAAAUCGAAAAGAAUCCAGAGGAUAAUUAUGAAAAGUGAUAAUUCUGACGAUAAGCCAGCCGCAAAGAAACUGAAGAGCGACAACGGUGAUGCCUGUAAAUAAACGUUAUUAUCUUCAUUUUUUUUUAUUAAAAAAAAAUAUUAAAGCAAAAAAAAACAAAAAGGAUUGUACAACUACAUUGAGCCACUUUAAAUCUAUUAUGUAAUAAAGUAUGUAGCUAAUAGUUCUUUAAAUAAUAAAAAGAAAACACUUGUAAGUCAUA